CUAAAUUCACAUGUCUAUUCUUAAAAAUUAUAUAAAAAGUUCACAUCAUAUCAAAUGUAUAGGAUCAAGAUGGGUUUCCACAAGCAAGUUUUUCUUGGAGUUCAACACAAGACCUAGUAAAAAAAUUCAGUUUACAAAGGCACCAGUUGGCCUUUUUGGGAUUCCCGAAUUGACUUCACAUGAAGGAUUUUAUUUCCUUAAAGAGCAGGCUAUAUUUAAAACUGAUGAUCUAAUCGCAGAAGCAAUUUCAUCAACAAGAAAUAGAAAAAUAGUCCAAAUUUUCGAUGAACUUUCUGAUACAUUAUGUAAAGUUGCAGAUUUAUCAGAAUUCAUUCGUCUUGGUCAUCCACAAGGAACAUUUUCACAUGCAGCUGAAGAUGCUUGUAUUUCAAUCAGUGGUGUUGUCGAAAAGCUAAACACACAUCGAGAACUAUUUCAAUCACUUAAAAAAGUGGUUGAUAAUGGUGACAUCGUAGAAACUACAGCAAUUGAUGAGCACGUUGCAAAGUUGUUUCUCUUUGAUUUCGAACAGUGCGGAAUUCAUUUGGAAGAAGAUCUUCGGCAACAGGUCGUGAAUCUUAAUGAGUGUAUUCUUCAGCUUGGUCAACGUUUCAUGUCAGGAGCUAUUCAUCCACGUUCGAUACCCAAGACUAUUCUUCCCGAAAAUAUCAGACACAUGUUUUCAAUUGACGGUGAUAAGAUUCUUGUUUCGGGAUUAUAUGCUGACUCUCCAAACGCUUUAGCAAGAGAAUCUGCUUACCGUUUAUAUCUGUAUCCAGACUCACACCAAGAACUUCUUCUUUCUGAACUUAUCCGAGCUCGUCAUGAUUUAGCAACAAUCUGUGGAUUUCCAACUUACGCGCAUAGAGCUUUGAAAGCUUCUACUGUAGAACAUCCUGACGUAGUUGGUGAAUUUCUCGACAUUCUCAGCGACAGAUUAAGACCACGAGCACAGAAAGAUUUCGAGAUUAUGCAACAAAUGAAGCUUUCCGAUGGUGGCAUCAAUACACCUCUUGCAGCAUGGGACACGCCAUACUUCACUUCGAGAAUGAAGAACAAAUAUCUUCAGAUAUCAUCACAAGCAACAGAAUUUAUGCCAUACUUUAGUCUUGGUGGUUGCAUGGAGGGAUUUAACAAUUUAAUGAAAUCAUUAUUUGGUAUUCGUUUGGAGAAUGUUGAAAUGGGUCCUGGUGAAAGUUGGGCAGACGACGUUUAUAAGCUUUGUGUUAUUGAUGAGAAUGAACAACUUUUAGGUCAUAUUUAUUGUGAUUUCUUUGAACGAACUGGAAAACCUAAUCAAGAUUGUCACUUUACGAUACAAGGUGGAAAGUCACUUCCAAAUGGAGAAUAUCAAAAUCCAAUUGUAGUGGUAAUGCUUAAUUUUAGUCUGCCGAGAUGGAAUCCAACUUUGUUGACACCUUCUAUGGUUGAUAAUUUAUUUCAUGAAAUGGGACAUGCAAUGCAUUCAAUGUUGGCUAGAACUGAAUAUCAACAUGUGACUGGAACAAGAUGCAGUACUGAUUUCGCUGAAGUGCCUUCAGUACUCAUGGAAUAUUUUUCAAGUGACUCUCGUGUUUUAAAGACUUUCGCCAAACAUUUUCAAACACAAGAGCCAAUGCCCGAUGAAAUGCUCGAAAGACUUUGUGCAUCGAAGCACGUCUUUUCAGCAAGUGAGACACAACUUCAAGCUUUUUAUUCAGCUCUUGAUCAGGUUUAUCAUGGCGAUCCUAAAAAUCACAAAGAAAACACAACUGAAACACUGAAAAUGGUUCAAGAAAAAUAUUAUGGACUUCCAUAUGUCAACAACACAGCAUGGCAACUUCGCUUCUCACAUCUUGUAGGAUAUGGCGCUAAAUAUUAUUCAUAUUUGUGUUCACGAGCCAUUGCUUCAUGGAUUUGGCAGGAAUACUUCCAGAAGGAUCCUUUGAAUCGGUCGCAAGGUGAUAAAUAUCGUUAUGGUUGUUUAUUUUAUGGCGGAUCAGUUCCAUCAAGAGAGUUGGUUGGUCGUUUCCUGGGUAAAGAAGUUUCGCCACAAAACCUUGCUGAAAACUUAAUUAAUGAAAUUGAUGAACAUCAAUUUAACACGAAAUCUUAAUGAAAUGUGAUUGAGCAAAUAUCUGAGUUGAUAUUCAUUUGACAUUAUAAAAUAAAUUAAACAAUUAAAAAAUAUUUUAUCUUGUUUCGAAACAA